GGCUGUGGACCGCCACCCCCUCCAGGAGCUCCUCCUGCCCCUGGGGCUGAAACAGGACCAAAGGGACGUAAACCAAUUCAACCAAAGUUCAAGAUGCCUCUAUUGAACUGGCAGGCGUUGAAGCCCAAUCAAGUGACGGGAACGGUGUUUAGCGAGCUGAAUGAUGAACAGCUCUUAGGGGAGCUGAAUAUGGAUGUAUUUGCGGAGCAGUUUAAAACCAAGGCUCAAGGUCCUCCAACAGAUCUUUCUAAGCUCAAGGUUAAGGUGGCUGAGAAGGUACCCAGUAAGGUGUCCCUGCUGGAGCCUAACAAAGCCAAAAACCUUGCUAUCACCCUCCGCAAGGGAGGCAUGAGCCCCAACGACAUCUGCACAGCCAUUGAGAG